AUGCCGAUGUAUGGACUGAAACCUUCACCCUUCUUUAGAGGUUUUAAAACGAAUAUUUUGGGCAUAGGCACUGAUAUUGUGCAUAUUCCAAGAUUUGCCAGAUUGAUGGCCAGAGAUGCCUCCAUAAGGGAAUCGCGUAUAAACGAGCGGAUUUUGGGCAAGUUCAUGCAUGCCGCCGAGCUUUCGAGACUGCAACGUAUGCGUGAGGAAAACCAUAGCGACAAAGCGUUGAUCCAAUUCGUCGCCGGCGUUUGGGCCACCAAAGAAGCCGUUUACAAAAGUUUAUCAUCAAGAUCAGGUCACAAAAAGACAGCACUUCCGCCCGCAAAAUACAUUUACACCCAGCUGUGCUACAAGACCAACGACGAAGGUGGUAUUCCGAGACUGGUGAUCGAUCCAAAGCUGACAAGUGUUUACCCUAAUUUUACCCGAGACUUCAUCGAAAACACAAAGUUUCUGUUGAGUAUUUCUCAUGACAACGAUUACCUUGUGAGUUUUGUUUGUCAUGUCAGCGUGUGA